UUUGUCCUGUGAACUUCGUCGCGCUGAGAAGUCCUUCGAAAUUUUCACAUUUUCCCUUUUUUGGUGUGAGUGCUACGUAUUUUGAGCGCCCGUGUGCGUGUGUAUGUGUGUGUGUCUGUGUGAGGGCGCCAAGUUUUGUCGGUUAGACUUUAACCACCAGUAAACAACAACAAAACAGAGACAUUCACCAAAAAAAAAAAGAAAAGAAAAGGGAAAGGACAAAGGACAAAGGACAAUACAGCCUGCGGCCAGGGAAACCGCAAUCAAAAAUUGUAAACAAACUCUGGAAAUUGAGAAAAAUCAACAAAGGAAGACGACGCCGCCAAGUAGGCAACAAUUCCGCUGCUAGCCAACAUGGAAAUGGACGUUAAUCGCCCGACUGGCCGCCAUGGCAGCCUAAUGACCAUUUCCGCCCGCUGCUCCAACAACAACGACAACAGCACAGGGGCAACAAGGACAUUGGCAGGAAGUGAGCCCACUUCCGGCCCGUCGCCGCCCAGCGGCUGUUGCGGCAUCUUGGGCCGCCUCCUUUGUGUCAGCCGCCACAAAGCCACGCAAUCGGUGGCAGGCAGCGAUCCCUUUUCCCAGUUGCAACUGCAACGCAAAGGAGCAGCAGCUGGUGCGGCAGCAACAACAGCUGCGACUUCCGGCCAACGAGGCCGUCGCACGCCGCAGGAAAUCUACUUCGAGAGUCGCGGCAAGUCCUGCAAGAAGCUAUUGAAAUUCAAUGGUAAUUCCAACAAGAUAUUGCUGUAUCCCGAAGAGGGUUGGGCGCGGACGGCCUCGUCCAGUUACUGGACCAUCACGCCCUGCUUUUGGCAGCCCAAUCGCUGCCGCAUCGUGGAGUGCUCCGGAACCCAGCGGCGCGCGACGAAGGCACGGAUGUUGCCGCUGGAGCAGCAGGGCUCCCUCCUGAUUGCCGGCCACUUUCGCCGGACAGCGGCCACGGGUGCGGCAUCGCGCGGGGGAGGGGGAGCGGGCACCGGAUCGGUGGCUGCCACGCCCACACCUGCAACACCUGCAACUGGAAAUGGCGGGGCAGCCGCCAUCCGGACGGGGGCAAUGGGCUGCGACAAGUCACAGCCCGCGUGGAACGACGAGUUCAAGCUCUAUCUGACGUCCAACAUAUCGAUGGAGGACUACAACAUGGGCUACUGCCUCACCGGAUUCGUGGAGCGCCGCUGCCAGGUGACCAACACCUUCCAGAUGACCCACUUCGCGGUCAUCAAGCGCCAGUGGCCACCGUCGCCGUCCAAUUUGGGCAACUCCUAAGGCCCCCGAGUCCCACUUUUGUGAUUGUGAUCCGAUCUUUUGUUUCGAAUUGGAAACGAAAUGAAAUUAUAUAAAGGAUUGUAGCUGUUUUUAUUUUCAGACACUUAGAGGGAAUUUAAAUGGCUUUAUAAGCCAACUUGCAGAAAUUUUGUUUUAUUUUAAAGCUUACAAUAUAUUGAAAUACUUUUUCCAAACAAAUGUAAAAGUGUUAUUUAAUGACUACAUUUUUAUAUUUAUUCAAACUUAAACUGACUUUUAUGACUAUUUCAUUUAUGUAAAAUCUAUUUUUAUGAAAACAUGAAUUUUUGAAAUGCUAAGUUUUUUCUUUUACUAAAUAAAUUUCACUCAAUAAAAUGUGUGAGAAUAAAUUUCUAUGACAAAGUUUGAAAAUGAAGACAGCUACAGAUCUAAAAGAUCCCAUUUAAGUUGCUAGUAUUUAAGUAGAGCCAAAUGUUUGUUGUGCAAUCUUGAACAGAAAUCAAAAUAAAUUUCGAAAAAUCUAUAGAAAAUGUAAAAAUAAAUUGCAGGGGCCUCAGAAACCGACAGCCACUAGAUUAUAAAGCUUAGGAAACUAAAGACACAAAGGAUCUUUAAGGGCGAACUGCAUUUGCUCUAAUUUUACGAAAUUCCCUGCAUGUUUAGUGCGUAAAUUGUAAUUUUAGCUAAAUAUGCAAGAGAAAUCCAAAAAAAUACAAAAACUAGGAAACCAAAACAAAAACUUUACGUGUGCUUUCAGUGUUGUGUAAUAUGAAAAACGGAAACAAACCGGAAAAAAUAAGCGAAAAAACCAAAUACUAGUAACUGUUAAAUGCUAAAUGAAACUAAACCGCUUUGCCAACUCUCACACACACAAGCAAACAAAAACACACACCAACACACAUACAGGCACCCACUCACACACACUCGCACACUUAAGCUUGGGCAGCUACUUAAUGCUUCAAAAAAGUGCAACAAAUUGAAACUUGUGCUUGUCGAAGCAUGUGAUUGUGAGUGCUCCACUAUAAGCUGCUAUAGUAUAUUUACGAGCCUGUGUGCGUAUUCGAGUAAUGGUGUGUGUGUGUGUGUGUGUGUGCUGGUACUCUUUUCUACUACAUACAAAUAUGUACUUUAACGGCCAUGUUUGCGAAACCUAUUGCCUUUAAGCUUUAAAAUAUAAGCUCAACUGAACGCAGGCAAACAAGUCAACAGCUUCGAGCGAUGGCCAUUGGCACUAAACAGCAGCUUAAUAACAACUGAACAUUAAAGUUAAUUAUUUAACGAGCUUCUUACAGAAAAUAGGCAUGUUUUUGGUUUUAAAAUUGAAUGCUUACAUACAAAAGAGUGUUUUCGUAAAUCUUUUUAGUUGAAUUUAAGCCAAAUAACACAAUUUGAGGCAGGUUGCAUGGUCACACUGCGCCUAAAAUGUUUUUCUUUGUGGCUUGGUCACACUGCAUAGUAAAUAGCCAACUUAUUAUUUUUUAUUUAUAGUUUUCUUUUAAUUAAAAAAAAACUGCUGAUCAGUGUCAGUAGCCAUUUAGCCUAAUCCAAAACGAAAUUUGCCAAUCUACGCUAAUCUAAGGAACUAAGCCACUAAAUGUCUCUAUCUCUCUCUCACCAAUUCACCCACUGACCCACUCAUGCUACGGCUCUAUCCCUCUCAUUCACUCACUUUGAGCAUGAUACGCAACGUAUAUCAACAAUUCGUCCAAUAAUUGGAGACUUUCGGCGCCACAAAUUGCCAAGUGUCAAAUUGGCAAGGCCAGAGCUCCAAUUGCCAAAAACCCUAAGUGUUAAAAAACAAUGAAACCAAAACGUAAAGAAAACCAAAGCUAAGUCAAAACUCAAUGUAGCCUAAGUGAUAGUUUAAAAAUCAAUAUUUACAAUUUAGAAUAUGAAUCUAUAUAUAUAUAUAUAUAUAUAUGUAAAACUAUAUAUUUGUGUGUAGGCUGAACAUUUUUUCGUAUAUUUCGGUGUAUUUAUAUAACUGUAUUGCGAUUACAUAUACAAUAACAUUUUUGCUGUAGUUCGCAUAGCUCGCUUUUAGGCGCUUUUACACGCAAGCGAAUAAGGCCGAAUCUCGAAUCUCUUAUUUGCUUCAGACAGAUCUCCCCUGCCAACUUUACUCCUAAACUAAUUGAUAUUUAAGUAUCAGGUACCUGCCAGAAUCAACAACAACAACAACCAAAUAAACAAGAAAAAUAUGAAUAUGCAUAAAUAUUUAUUGAGCAAUUAUGUC